AUGGGGGAUGUAGGGGCCUCAGAGGCCCCGGGAGGUCUCAUUGGGCCCCUGGGGGGGGCCUCAGGGGCCCCCGGGGGGGUAGUUCCUCCGGACCCGGGCCUUGCGGUCCUCCUGCUUGAGUUUGAGGGCGCGCAGCUUCUGCUGGCGGCGUUUCUCGCGCAGCCAGAGCUGCUGGCAGUGCUGGUCGGGGCUCAGGUUGUGGCCCCCGCCCGGCGCCGGGUGUUUGUGGCGGGGGGGGGGGGCGGCGGGGGGGGCCCCGGGGCCCGGCUGCAGGCUGAGGCCCCGGAUCACGUGGAGCUGGAACCGGGCCAGAACCCGGCGGUGGGAGCGGUCCAGGCUGGAGCAGCUGUAGAGGCCGGACCCGGCCGGGGGCCUCAUUGGGCCCCAGGUCUCAUGGGGCCCCUGGGGGCCUCAGGGGCCCCUGGGGGGGUAGUUCCUCCGGACCCGGGCCUUGCGGUCCUCCUGCUUGAGUUUGAGGGCGCGCAGCUUCUGCUGGCGGCGUUUCUCGCGCAGCCAGAGCUGCUGGCAGUGCUGGUCGGGGCUCAGGUUGUUGCCCCCGCCCAGCGCCAGCUGCUUGUAGCUGCGCGGGGGGGCGGCGGGGGCCCCGGGGGCCCCGGGGCCCGGCUGCAGGCUGAGGCCCCGGAUCACGUGGAGCUGGAACCGGGCCAGAACCCGGCGGUGGGAGCGGUCCAGGCUGGAGCAGCUGUAGAGGCCGGACCCGGCCGGGUCCAGACGGGAGAGGAGCAGCCCCCGGGGCAGCUGGGGGGGGGGGGGGGCAACGAUGGCAGGCUGCUGAAGGCCGUGUCGGUGGUCGGAGACGACUGGCAGAAGGAGGAGAUCAUCCUGGAGGAGUUGGCCGUUUUCCAGACCGAAGCUCCCCACCGGUUAAACCGGAAGCCUGAGGUCCGGUUUGGGGCUCCGGUUCCCGGGGACAGACGCCCGCCAAUGGCCGCUGCAACGCUCCAGCAGCCCAGUUUCCUACUGGCAAACCUGAAGGCCGACUCCACCACCAAACCGCUGCUGCAGAGAUGUCAGGACCUGGUCCGGGUCAUAGACGAGUAUCCCGCCAAGGUACCGACACAGUUCCUCCGGCUGCUGCCGCCGCGCACCGCCGAGCACAACGCCGCCGUGGAGUUCCUCAAGCCCAGAUUUUUUGUGGAUUUGGAGCCAAACUGA